AUAAUUAUAAUAAUCAUUUUUAUGAUAAUCAUAGAUACAAGUAGCAAUAAAAAUAAUUAGAUUCGCAAUUUGCAGCAUUCUUUAUCCUACGUCGUAGAUAUGAAGGUGCUCGUAGCACUAUCAGUCUUCGUAGCACUAUGUGCUGGUGGUAGAAUCCACGAUCCGGAGUACAUCCCCACUAAUCCGGGCGAUAAUAGUCACUACGUGGAGGGAGUGAGCCGGUAUAUCUGGAUGCCUGAUGGGGAUGAUGUACCUCACCUAGUCGAUCUACAUGAACCAGCCGAGACUGAAUCCAGGAACGGAGCUAACAAUCAAUACUGGCUCUACACUAGACGUAAUCGACAAAAUCACCAACUAUUAAGACACAAUGACAACAACUCUGUCCGAAACUCCAACUACAAUAGAAACUUGCCGAUCAAAGUUCUCGUUCACGGCUGGAAUAGUAAAGGAACUUCUACAAUGAACCCAACUAUUCGUGACGCUUUUCUAGCAGUUGGAGACUUUAACGUCAUCGUUGUGGAUUGGGGAAGAGCUGCAGCAGGAUCAUACACCACUUCAGUACGAUCCGUUCCAAGUGUAGGUCAACAUUUGGGUAACUUCCUGAACUGGCUCAUCUCCAACCACGGCGGUAACUGGAACAACGUGCAUCUAGUUGGCUUCAGUUUAGGAGCUCAUGUAGUUGGAAACGCCGGACGGACUGUGGGCGGACGUGCUAGACGUGUUACUGGAUUAGAUCCCGCUGGACCUCAAUGGGGACCAAGCAACUCAAACACACUUAGAAGGAGUGACGGAGGAUACGUAGAAACUAUCCAUACCGACGGAGGACUAUUGGGAAUUUUCGAUAGUAUUGCUGAUGCAGAUUUCUAUCCAAAUGGUGGAAGAAACAGACAGCCUGGUUGCAGCCAUAGCCAGUGUUCACACAGUCGUGCAUGGGAUCUAUUUGCUUCUAGUGUAAGAACUGACCACUUUGUCGGAAGGCGCUGCGCAAAUAUUAAUGAAGCUCGCAACAACCGUUGCACUGGUGCACAACACAGAAUGGGCAACUCUAACUUAGGAAAACGAGGAAGCGGACUUUAUGGCCUAAGCACUGGUUCCAGUUGGCCUUAUUAAUUUUAAUUUGUGAAA